AUGUCCGCGGUGAUGAGCACGCUGUCCAUGAUCAGCGGCGGCCGGCGCGCGCACCGCAAGCUGGCCUCAAGCAGCCGCAAAUCGGGCCAGUUCUCCGACGCGGGCGAGGACACCCAGCGCCGACACGACCUCAGCAAGCAGCAGCGCUCCGCCUCGCUGCAAACUUUGGAGACAGGAGGAACAGGCGGCGUCGUCAACCUCGAGACUUUGGAAGCUAAGAUGGCGAGCAUCGAGGUAUCGUUGGCAGGGUCCCGGCGUCGGGGAGCCACACGGGACCUGGGGCGAGAACUGGAUGCUCUACGCACAGCGCUCAGUGAUAAAGAUAACCUCAUCCAAAGCUUGAAGAAACAGCUGAGUGCUUCAUUGAGCGCGGCGCGGCUGGCCUCCCAAGCGGCUAGUCCAGCAGCGACCCGCGCUGGGUCUCGUCAGGAAUCCACAGCCUUAUCAGCUGACGACAGGAGGGCCCUGGAGGAACGAGCCGUGGCCGUCAAGGCCGACCUGGACGCGAGGCGGGAGAACAUACAGGAGCUAAGGAAAAGACUGGAGAAGACGCAUGUUACUGACAACAUCGACACCCGCAUCCAGCAGGCUGAGCUACAAUACAAGCUGGGCCGCGAGGAGCUGGAGCUGCUGACCCUGGGCGAGCAGGCGCGUGCGCUGGCGCACCUCAUCGAGCAGUGCGAUGCUAACCAACACCGCGCCACGCUCUACAGCACGGUUCGCGAUUACGGCGGCAGCGUCGCCCUGGUGUCGGCGGAGGUGCGCGAGGGCUCGUGGGGCGCAGCACCCCGCGGCGCCGGCGUCGUCAUCGACUGGGCCGGAGACAACGCGGCCAUCAGACCGGGAGACAGAGUAAUAGAGGUGAACGGAACAAGCGUGGUAUCGUGUCGCAGCGUUGAGGAGCUACAACAGGCGAGCGGGGCGGGGUCGGCGCGGCUAGUGCUGCUUCGGGCCGUCAACGGUCACCAUCAGACCAACGGAACUAAUGGACAGCAUCCCAGCGGGCUGCAUCAGCUCCAGCAGAAUACAUUUACACAGAACGAGGCAACAUCACUGCGUGCCGAGCUGAACGCGCUGCGGACCGCCUCCGAGGAGACGGAGAAGGCGAAGGAGGGCCUGCGGUCGGACAACACGCGGCUCACGCACCGCAUCUCCUACCUCGAGGAGCAGGUCGCUGAACUGCUGGCCAGGCAUACCCAGGUGCAACCAUCCAGCAGUAACGACAGCUGUAUAACUGUGAACAAAACUAAGAAGAACGUCACCAACAUCAACAUCACCUCGGAGCCGCAGUGCAGGAGUCCCAAAUCCGAGGUCCAAGUGUUCCAGAAGGGGCCCGACAUCACGGCCAUUGUGGCGAAACUGCCGGGCCUGGACGGCGCCGAGGGCAACCUGCCGUUGAUGAGGCCGCGCUCCAACGCCUCGGGCGCGUCCUCCCGGGCCGCCGCGUCCCCGCCGCCCCCCGGCCGCGCCCCCAGCUGCCACAGCCUCGAGCACAGGGCGGGCAGGAUGAGACACUCGCUCAGCCACCACUGCAUACACGGCAUCGACUACAGUGCGGAGACCGACGCCGCCAUCCGCAUGAUUGAAAGAAACCAAAGACACAUCGAAAAACAACGCAUGAAGUCUGAAAUGCUCAACAGAUCCAAAGGGGAAGAGUAUUUCAGAUCGGACAGCGAUUUAGAUUUCAAGGAUUCAGAAAGGCAUUCCAGUAUAGGCGCUUGUGAUCCGAAGCAUUACGAAAUACAGAAAGCGGCCGGUCGGAUAGAAGAAAGUAUCAAGAAAACUAACUGGGCCGAGAGGAAAACUCUGUCCAUCAUCGAGCAGCUAAAGCGAUCGCAGCGCCUCCGGAAGAUGAAGAAGAAUGACAGCGCCGAGGACGUUCAGCUGGAGUCGGAAAAACAUUACAUGUACCGCAGGAUAGACGGUAAAGUGCUGGAGAACGCGCACAAGUCGAGCAGGAGAACGUCCAAACUGCACUCGAGAAGCGCCAAGUCCUCGGAGUUCGAGUCGGAGUGUUCCGACUACCCGAACGGCGACGUGUACGGCAGCUCGCCCAGGAUAGAUUACGGGUCGGAAAGUUGUUCCACCCGGCUGAGUCACUACAGGAAGAACGAUGACAGAUCCGGGGAAAAGACGCGGCCGACACCGCCGCGGAAGCCGCUGAGGCUGUCGCUGCACAAGGCUCGCAGCGCGCACUCCUUGAUAAACGGGAGCGAGUCGGAGACGCCGUCGCGGCCGCCGUCGGGGUUGCAGAACGGGGAUUUGUCUGAGACGAAGCGGCCAGUGAAGCGUACGCACGGAGCGGAUAAGAACUGUCGAGAGAGGCCGCGAGAGUGCGCACGCGCAACGCCGCGGCCGCCGCGCAAGCUGGGCGAGCUGGGCGCGCCGCCCGCCGACCGCCUGUACCCCGAGCUGCAGCCCGCGCCCGGCCGGGCCUCCACUGGCAAGUGGUGCUAACACCCGGAUGUGUAU